AUGAUGACAUCUUAUGAAUUACGUAGUGUACUUCUAAAAACUCAAGAUUGUCUUAGUGACGACGAUCGAAAGCGUUUACAUUUCUUUUUCUGUCAUGAUGUACCGCGACGAUUGCAAGAUGAUUUGACAGUGAAUGGUACGUUAAGUCUGCUUGAAACUUUGUUUACUCAAAACAAAAUCAACGGACAAGAUUUAACUUUACUCAUCGCUGCAUUCGAAAAUAUCAAAUGUUUCGAUGCUGUGAAGUUGCUCAAAGACUAUAUGGACAAACUACAGGAACCACAGGCAACAGAUACUUUAAUACCAUUUCUAGCACAACAUCCAGAUAAACAUGUCAAGACAAAUCAUUUGAUUUCAUUAAACAAAUAUGGAAAUAAUAACAUUCAGAUCAAUCAUACUACCACGAAUAUUAAUCCAUCAACUGUAAAUGUUCAACAAUAUUUGAAGUCACGAUUAGCUAAACAAACCACGCAGUUUUUGCUAACGUUCAGUUUUCUAUUGAACAUUGGAUUAGUCGUAGCUAUGGUUUUGUGUGUGAUUAAGAUGUACCACGAUCGAAAGGAAUUAGUAAAAGCUCAAUACUGGGCAAUUAAAUCAGGUCAUAACGUGCAGCAGAAAAUUUUGGAUUCAGCUGACAAACGCAACUGUGCAGUUUGGGUAAACGCUCGCGAUGGUGAAGUUCCAGCAGAUGCGGUUAUCGGCGGGCAAGAAGGUGAUCGUCAUGUUUACAUAGUUCGUAUCCAAGUCGACGACAAAAAUGUUAUUCCAGGGAAAUUAGUUGACAAAAAUAAACGAGCGGAAACUGAAUACAAUGGCGUUUGGUUGUCAGCAACUUAUCAAGUUCUGACAAAUCCAGUGCCGAAGCUAAGAUAUGAAUGGAUUCAGACAGAUUCGCAUAAUUUCUCAUUAUGCGUGGUACCCGUAGGUAAAGAAGAACAAACUGACUUCUACAUUGCUCGAACAGUUCGCUCGUCAACGAUGGUCUUAUUGGGUAAAUAUGAUGUGAGAAAUCGGCGACUGUAUUAUUUGGACGACGGUGUGGUGAAAUCCACGGAUAAAGACAUUGAAGUACUCUGUGUAUUAUAA